UAGCCUCGCCCCCUCUGUUUGCUCUCUCAACCCUGUUUUCUUUCGGAGUCCUCUCUUCGCUCUGGUGCCCCCUCAAAAAAAACUCUCCGUGGAAGAGCUGCAGGGCUGUAUAGAUGGCAAGCCCAGGUCCCACGGCAGUCAUGGCGGCGCCGUUGGCUCACUUUGAAGAGGACUGGCAGGACUUCAACGAAUUCCAGCCCUCCUCCUUCGAGGCGCCGAAUGAACUGGAUCAGGUGAACUCGAAUGCGAUCGAAGCGGCGUCGGGCCUCGACGCUCACGCCGACGCUGAGCACUGCUUCUCCGGGGAGUUCUGCGGCUUCGAGUCCAUGGAAGACCUGGUCCAGGACUUCGACGCAAAGCUGAGCGUUUGCUUCCGAAACUACAACACGGCAACUGAACAUAUUGCGCCCAUCAAGCCGAUCACAGAGGAACAUUUCCUGAAAGACGACGAGGUGUGGAACGCCCUGAGCUGUAACUAUGGCAACGUGAUGCCUGUGGACUGGAAGACCUCCCACACACGCUCCCUGCACCUGCCCACACUCAACCUCCGCCCGCACAAGGCGCUGGACAACCAGUCCCUGGACCUCUCUGACGACGAGGAGCUGCGGGAGCAGAUGGACAUGCACUCCAUCAUCGUCUCAUGCGUUAACAACGAGCCCCUGUUCACCGCAGAGCAGGUGAUUGAGGAGAUAGAGGAGAUGAUGCAGGAGUCUCCUGACCCGGAGGAGGACGGCAGCAGCAUCACCUACCAGUCGGACCUCUCCAAUCUCUCUGAGGACCUCCAGGCACUCAAACACUCCCAGUCCAACUCCAGCUACCAAGACCGGCUGCGGCAGCUGUCUGUGUGUGAGCUGACGGAGGCUCUGGAGGAGGUGGAGUCGGCCAUCGGCCGCUACAGCGAGGAGCUCAUCCAGGCCCUGGCCCUGAGGGACGAGCUGGACUACGAGAAGGAGGUGAAGAACAGCUUCAUCUCGCUGAUCAUCGACGUGCAGAACCGGCAGAAGGAGCAGCGCGAGCUGCUGCGCAAGAGGAGGAAGAUCCGCAGCACCACCACCAUCGGGCCCAACGGCCAGCGGACGGCCAGCACGCACGUACCGGGAACGCUCCUCACUCUGGAGGGAUUGUCCACAGUCAUUCAAAAUGGCCUCCGUCAAACUUUCGGCGGGCCUGAAGGGGACAAGCAGUAUCUGACCACCGUGAUCCCCUAUGAGAAGAAGGCCGGCUCCCCCUCCGUGGAGGACCUCCAGAUCCUCACCAAAAUUCUCCAAGCCAUGAGGGACGACAGUGAGAAGGUGCCCAGCCUCCUAACAGAUUACAUCCUCAAAGCUCUGGUGUGAGCACGGGGGAGAUGAAGUCCUGUGUCCAACCUGAAGCCCAAGGGGAGGAGCCAACCGUUUCCAGAAACCUUCAGGUCAUCACCUCAGAGACUGUCUUAAACGAUGCCUUCCUCAACCCCCCCCCCCCCCCCC